CUGCUUGGAGAUCUUUGAGCUAUUUCUGUUUUUCGUCUUUCAGGCCAACUCUGGAAGAGGCCCAGGAAUGGGCUGAAUCUCUGGAAAAACUAUUGCUCCAUCCGUACGGUCGGCGUGCUUUUCGUGCUUUCCUGGAAUCAGAAUUCAGUGAAGAGAACCUGGACUUCUGGAUGGCGUGCGAAGACUACCGGAAGCUCCGAGGCUGCGACAAGCUUCAGGACAAUGCCAGAAAAAUCUAUGACCAAUAUGUCACCAUCCAGGCCCCCAAAGAGGUGAACCUGGAUUCCCAGACCAGAGAUGUCACCAACAGGAACAUUUUGCUCCCCACCCGCUGUUGCUUUGAACAGGCCCAAAGGCGUAUCUUCGGCCUGAUGGAGAAGGACUCGUACCCCAGAUUCCUCCGUUCCCCCGUUUAUCAAGCUCUGGUGCAGCCAAACGGUCGGGAGCCCAACGGAGCCAUGUAAA